AAGAAGCUGCUGUUGUUCUGGGUACUACAGCAGAAGGGUAUGCGGAAGCGAGCACCCCAGUCUGAGAUGGCUCCUGCCAGCGUGAGCCUGAGGGCCACCAUCCUCUGCCUCCUGGCCUGGGCUGGUCUGGCUGCAGGUGACCGGGUGUACAUACACCCCUUCCACCUCGUCAUCCACAACGAGAGUACCUGUGAGCAGCUGGCAAAGGCCAAUGCCGGGAAGCCCAAAGACCCCACCUUCAUACCUGCUCCGAUUCAGGCCAAGACAUCCCCUGUGGAUGAAAAGGCCCUACAGGACCAGCUGGUGCUAGUCGCUGCAAAACUUGACACCGAAGACAAGUUGAGGGCUGCGAUGGUCGGGAUGCUGGCCAACUUCUUGGGCUUCCGUAUAUAUGGCAUGCACAGUGAGCUAUGGGGCGUGGUCCAUGGGGCCACCGUCCUCUCCCCAACGGCUGUCUUUGGCACCCUGGCCUCUCUCUAUCUGGGAGCCUUGGACCACACAGCUGACAGGCUACAGGCAAUCCUGGGUGUUCCUUGGAAGGACAAGAACUGCACCUCCCGGCUGGAUGCGCACAAGGUCCUCUCUGCCCUGCAGGCUGUACAGGGCCUGCUGGUGGCCCAGGGCAGGGCUGAUAGCCAGGCCCAGCUGCUGCUGUCCACGGUGGUGGGCGUGUUCACAGCCCCAGGCCUGCACUUGAAGCAGCCGUUUGUGCAGGGCCUGGCUCUCUAUACCCCUGUGGUCCUCCCACGCUCUCUGGACUUCACAGAACUGGAUGUCGCUGCUGAGAAGAUUGACAGGUUCAUGCAGGCUGUGACAGGAUGGAAGACUGGCUGCUCCCUGACGGGAGCCAGUGUGGACAGCACCCUGGCUUUCAACACCUACGUCCACUUCCAAGGGAAGAUGAAGGGCUUCUCCCUGCUGGCCGAGCCCCAGGAGUUCUGGGUGGACAACAGCACCUCAGUGUCUGUUCCCAUGCUCUCUGGCAUGGGCACCUUCCAGCACUGGAGUGACAUCCAGGACAACUUCUCGGUGACUCAAGUGCCCUUCACUGAGAGCGCCUGCCUGCUGCUGAUCCAGCCUCACUACGCCUCUGACCUGGACAAGGUGGAGGGUCUCACUUUCCAGCAAAACUCCCUCAACUGGAUGAAGAAACUGUCUCCCCGGGCCAUCCACCUGACCAUGCCCCAACUGGUGCUGCAAGGAUCUUAUGACCUGCAGGACCUGCUCGCCCAGGCUGAGCUGCCCGCCAUUCUGCACACCGAGCUGAACCUGCAAAAACUGAGCAAUGACCGCAUCAGGGUGGGGGAGGUGCUGAACAGCAUUUUUUUUGAACUUGAAGCGGAUGAGAGAGAGCCCACAGAGUCUACCCAACAGCUUAACAAGCCUGAGGUCUUGGAGGUGACCCUGAACCGCCCAUUCCUGUUUGCUGUGUAUGAUCAAAGCGCCACUGCCCUGCACUUCCUGGGCCGCGUGGCCAACCCGCUGAGCACAGCAUGAGGCCAGGGCCCCAGAA